UAAGGCUAAACGAGUUAACGAGAUGUAUUUCGGUUCCGCUCCCCUUUCUUUCAGCAAAGGAGAUCUCGUCCCGUUGCUUCCAAUUUCAAAGCAUCCCUCACAGAAUAAUCGCUACUACCACUAAUUUUGUAUAGAAAAUAAAAUUAGUACUCCGUAGUAGUAUAAAACUGCUCUUCAGAUCUCAUCUUUCUAUCCCAAAGCCCAGUGGAUUCUGUCGUUCCUCUGCUCCCCUUACAGAAAAGGGCGCCAGUUCAUCCGCUUCCGUUCCUAGUUCUUACCACCAACGAAGAAGAUAUUACUUCUUGCUCCGCUCGGCCCAUCGCAAAUCUCUCCUUUGCCCCCUCGCUGCUCGUCUUGACUCGCCCCCCUCAGCUCGCAAGCGCUCCUAGGUUACUUGGAUCGGUGCGACGAGUCCAUUUUCGUGCUCUUCGGAGUUCCGGAUCCAGGAGCCGCCCGGGGGUUCUUGGCCUUGGAUCUCCUGCCUGCAAUGGCUGCCCUAGUGGAGCUCUUCCUGAGAUCCUCUUCGUCGUCCGCGCCGGUGGACUGGGAGGCGGAGGCCUACCCGGCGUACGGCGACUACGCCGUGCUCCCCUUCCUCGUCGCCUUCUUCCCCGCCUUGCGCUUCCUCCUCGACCGAUUCGUCUUCGAGGUAUUAGCAAGAAGACUUAUAUUUGGAAAGGGGUAUGACAAGCUUGCCGAAACAGAUGAAAGGAGAAAGAAAAUCAAUAAAUUUAAGGAGUCGGCAUGGAAAUUUGUUUAUUUUCUAUCUGCAGAAUUGCUUUCAUUAUGUGUAACAUACAAUGAGCCAUGGUUUACGAAUACCAGAUACUUUUGGGUAGGGCCUGGCGAUCAGCUCUGGCCUGAUCAAAAGAUGAAACUGAAGCUUAAGGCUGUAUACAUGUAUGCCGCUGGAUUUUACACGUAUUCCAUCUUUGCACUCCUGUUCUGGGAAACAAGACGCAAGGACUUUGGGGUCUCGAUGUCUCACCACGUGGCAACUGUUGUUCUGAUUGUUAUGUCCUAUAUUUGCAGAUUAUCUCGUGCUGGCUCAAUCAUUUUGGCCAUCCAUGAUGCAAGUGAUAUAUUCCUAGAGAUCGGAAAGAUGGCCAAGUAUAGUAGCUGUGAGGGGCUUGCUGUUGUGGCAUUUCUACUUUUUGUGGCUUCGUGGAUCAUUCUCCGGCUAAUGAUAUUCCCUUUCUGGGUCCUAAGAAGCACAAGCUAUGAAGUAGCUGUGAUCCUGGACAAGGAGAAACAUCAAUUUUACAGCUCGGUAUACUACUAUCUUUUCAACAGUCUCCUGUUCUCACUUCUAGUCCUUCACAUAUAUUGGUGGGUACUGAUUUACCGGAUGCUAGUAAAACAAAUCCAGUCCAGAGGACGUGUUGGCGAUGAUGUUCGAUCUGAUUCUGAAGGCGAAGAUGAUCAUGAAGAUUAAUCUGUAGGUUCUUGCAUGUUUAACUGAAGAACUAUAUAUUGUGUUCAUACAGCAGGAUACAUCACCUAAACACUGAGUUCACUUGAUCAGAUCAUUUUUGUAGUGUCAAACAUGGCAGACGUUAAUGACGAGUUGCUACUGAAGAUAAUUGUGCUGUCACAUGCCUGUAUGAAGCAAAAAUUGAUUUGCAUUUUCCCUUAGAUGCUCGUUUGUAUAAAAGAGAGAACAUAUUAAGUUUUUUUCACUCUAGUAAGGAUUGGCUCAAUGCAAUUAUGUAAUAUGCUGUAGAGUGUCAGAUGUCAACUUGGCGUAUCUUGCAUUC